AUGUCUUCUUUUGGGAGUGAAAAAUAUCAUUUUAUUAACGAAAAUGGUCUGACUCCCAGUACGGUACUUGACACGACGACUGAAGAAUUGGAACAGUGUGGGAUUAGCCGUCCAGCCAUAAAUGUACUGAAGGACAUUUCGGAAGGCCUUUAUACUUGCAAGAUUGUGAAUGAUCCAAUUCAUGGCCACUUUGAAAUCCAUCCCCUCUGCGUGAAAAUAAUUGACACACAGCAGUUUCAAAGACUGCGGUAUCUGAAACAGCUGGGUGCAAAAUAUUAUGUAUAUCCUGGAGCAUCUCACAACAGAUUUGAACAUUCUUUGGGAGUGUGUUAUCUGGCAGGAGAAUUUGUGUCCAUGCUAAGAAAACGACAGCCAGAACUCAACAUCUCUGACAAUGACAUCUUGUGUGUUCAGAUUGCAGGACUCUGUCAUGACCUGGGUAUCAUAAGCAUGUCACAUUUAUAAAUAUGUUAAUUAGGGAGUAAUGCACAAAGUCUAAAAAAUGAAGUUAAAUAUGAUUCCAUGCGUAGUUAGUUAAUUGUACAUGCACAACUU